CAGACAACUUUCACACUCAACGGAUACACAGGAUUUUUUUUUUAUUAUUAAUAAUAUUAUUAUUAUUUAAUGUUCAUUUCCACGCCUGAGCAGCAUGACUCCACUGCGUCAUUAGGAGACUGUGUGUAAAGAGUUCUUAUGACUGUUUGGUGUAACACAGGGAGCAGCCAUGAAGAGGACCAAACAGUGGGAUGUCAGAGGAGCUGUAAGCUUUGCAGCUUUCUUCCAUUUCAUCUAUUCUUGUGCCAUAGGCUGCCUUUUGCCUUUCCUCACCCUUUACUUCAGACACCUUGGCCUCACUGCCAUAAUGACAGGAACCAUCAUGACUGUCAAACACACAGUUGCUCUGGUCUGGAGGCCUCUCUCCUGCAUCCUUGCCAGACGUCAUAACAAACGGCGCAUGAUCAUAACAGCCUCUCUUGUUUGUUCAGCAGCAGUCGCGUCAGCGAUUCUGCUCUUCCCACCCACUGGAAAGAGCACAGAGAACAGAAGCUGUAAUAUUAGUCAGCUGAACACGGAAUAUAGCUCUACUACUUUGAAACCCCAGACAACUCUACAAAAAUUCUCUGCACCUGUUGCGUACUCAACACAGCACAAUAUAAGGCACUCCCAAGAGCACAGUAACACUGUGCAAAAUAUAUCUGCACAGCCAUUCAACAUCACAGUAUCACAUCAACAUACCGCAGGUAGUCAAAGCAACAAGCCAGACUCUUUGGAAACAAAAAAAGGUCAUAUGCCCUCACCAGGUAAAAGGAGCAGAUCUUUAAUAAAGCGUGAACAAAAGCAGCAGGAAGUGGACGAGACUCGAUAUGGGUUCCUUGAGAGUUUGAAAGUCAUGGACACACAACAUCAGAUGUUUUUCUUGAUCAUGAUCAUCAUAAGCCUAUGGGAGAUUAUGGCUGCUCCGCUUACAUGGACAGCUGACGAUGGACUGCAUGAGUACCUUGAUUUAGUGGACGCCACAGAACGUCACGGCGCCGUUAAACCAUGGAGAUUGUUAGGGGCUGCUGGUGGUAUGGGAUGCUCUGGUAUUCUAGUAAGCAUCUUUUACUGUUUAAUUGGAACAGUGUUGCAUUUUUAUACAUACGCUUUACUGAUGGUUUUAACAGUGCCGCUUGUUGCUUUGUUACCUCUUUACCGGCACAAACGUGAACAUGUUCCCGGGGCUGGCUUGAAGGCACUGCACCUAGUGCGAGGAGACUCGCAGGCACUCCUCUGUGCCAUCACUGCUGUUCUUACUGGCAUGGCAGGUUCAGCUGUUUCGGACUUUCUCCUGUGGCAGAUGCAAGAUCAGAAUGCUACUGAGCUUCAAAUGGGUAUUACUUUGGCCACUGUACCUCUGUGCCAGGCUGCUUUUGCCCCGUUGAAUGGAUGUUUAACUCGUCUUCUAAAGUCCCAUGGCCGGCUCCUGCCUCUUGGUAUCCUGGGUCUGACUCUGCAGUGUCUUUCCUAUUCUUUCAUGCAGGCUCCGUGGACAGUACUUCCUGCUCAGGUGUUGGCAGGAAUCAGCGUUGGAGCCCUCUGGUGGUCAUUAGAGGCUCAAUCUGCAGACAUAGCCUCUCCAGGGACAGAGCUGGCAGUAAAGCGAGUGUUUGAAACCCUUUAUUUAGAUCUUGGUGCCGGAAUAGGCAGUGUAUUAAGUGGGUUUGUGGUGCAGAAGUUUGGGAUUAAAGUCCUUUUUCAGGGUACAGCAGUGAUGCUUGGAGUGUGGUGCAUUUCUUUAGCCAUAUUGCAAUGGAGGAUCCCUCGCCAGCGCAGAAUAAAUUAUUCACGCCUUCUGGCUGCUGAUGCAAGUGAAAUGAGUGAGUCAGAGUCUGAGCAGGACAAUGACUGGUUGGAGAAAGCCAUGGAGGAGGACAAAGGAAACAAUAAUUGGAGGCGGCGGGAUUAAUACGUAUAAUAAAUUUUCUUCCACAAAAAAAAAAAAAUGCUAGAAAACCUGCUGAGUGACUGACAAAGUCAAAGACCUUGAAAUGUGAAGGACUCAGAGCAAGCAAGUAGUUUGAAAAAAUGUACUUUAUCCAGAUUGUCCUUAACAGUUUUAAGAACAAUAUGCAAGGACAUUCAAUCACAGUUGCUUUUCUUCUGUUGCUCAAACUGUCACUGCUGGAUGCUGCAUGAGCUGCAGUUUGUCUCAGCUUUCAUAAUGCUGAAAUGAUUAACUUUAAUUACACAUUGUUGGGAAGUAUGCUAAUCUACAUCCUUAUAAAGAAAAGUAAAGCUUACAUAACUGUGUCUUCUUUAUUGCUUCUUAAACCUCAGAAAUCCAUCGAGUCAUAUUACAUUUCAAAAGCAAUGAAAUAAAGUAUAUGUUUUUAUUGCUUUCUUAAAAUAGCGAUAUCACUUCCACAAUGGAUUAGACAAUAUAUGCAAUUAUACCACAGUGCUGGAAAAUUCUUGAUUCUGAUUCAUCCCAAGGUGUUGAUUAUUUUUAAAUAAUAUAAUAAUAUAAGCGUGUGUGCACUUAUGUAAUUGUUUGUAUGGUGACUCUUUCAGUAAGAUGGCUUUUCGCAUUUUUGGAAGUAGUCUUCAGUGGCAAUGCUUUAGAGCUGUAACUUUAAGCUUUCUGACCUUGUUAAAUGAAAGAGAAAAAAGAGAGACUGUUAAAGGAUUGGCUUUUGUAAAUGUAAAUACUAAGACAUGCACAGAAUUAAAUGAACCUACAGGAUAUUUAAAUAUGUAGGAUUCUGUUCUAUAAUAGAUAGAAAAUGUUAUCUCAAAGAAAGUGCUGUGACAUUGU